AUGUUUGCGCCGACCAAUGAAGCCUUCCAAAGAUACAACGGGAUGAUGGAUGACUCCCUUGUUCUCUAUCACAUAUCUAAUCUUGCAACAACUCUAACGAAUUUAGACUACGCAGUAUCGUCUGAGUUCGAUGGUAACCCUCCACUAUGGGUGACUAGAAGACGAGACGCAAUGCAUGAUGACAUUUAUGUUAACAAUGCUAAAGUCUACGUAUCCAGAUCAUAUCAAGCUAUGAACAGGAAUGGGAAGAGACAGGUUCUCCAUGUUAUUGAUCAAGUGCUACAACCACUACAGCCGCAUGGUUCAAGCUCCUCGAGUAAUUCAGUAUAUAAUCCAAACGCGUUUCAAUUUUUAGAUAAUUCUGAUGAGUUCAACAUAGGUCAGCAUAGACUAAGAUCGUUCCGACAAAAAGUAACACAUCAACUUCAAAAGAAAGAAGUAUUCAAUGCCGAUGGGCGGCAUACAUUUUUUAUUCCAGUCGAUGAAGGAUUCAAGCCAACAUCUAGGUCUGAUUUGAUAGACGAGAAAGUUGUCGAUGGUCACGUAAUUCCUCAUCAUGUAUUGUUCACGAAAGCUACUCCUGAUAAUAAGGAAUUUGAGACUUUAGCUUUCGGUGACAACGUCAAAGUCAUCAUUUCGUUCAGCACCUCUAUGAAUGGAAACGAAGAGAUCACAUACGUGAAAUCAAACACCGUCGUUGGAGAUAAUAAGCAUAGCAGAGGAGUAGUGAUAGCUGACAUAGUUAAGGCCAAUAUACCAGUCAAAAAUGGGGUGGUUCACCUGAUACAGCGCCCUCUUAUGGUGGUCGACACUUCUGUCAUCGACUUUCUGAAGGAAAAGGACGACGGCCCUCUGUGCAAGUUCUACGAAGUGAUCAUGGACCUCGGCUCGAACAACCAGUUCUUAAAAGAACUAAACAUCGCUAAGGACAUAACUUUGUUCGCCCCAUCUAAUGAAGCUUGGACGGAGAUGAGCGUACAGAACAUUAUCAGAAACCAUCAAAAGCUCAAGGAAAUUUUGAACCUACAUUUAGUAAGAGAGAGGCUACCAAUGGACGCAAUAAUACAAAACAAUAUGAAUCAGAUAUAUCAAGCUCCAACGGCUUUACCAAGGAAAUAUCUAUAUUUUAACGUUCUUACACACGGGAACAACAAAACUUUGACCGUUGAAGGUGGAGGCGUUAACGCUACAGUCAUUCAGCCAAACAUAGCUGCCACAAAUGGCUUUGUUCAUAUAAUAGAUAGAGUACUAGGAGUGCCUUACACGACUGUCUACGAGAAAUUGAAAACAGAUCCUAUGCUUAAUAUUACUUAUAACCUUGGAAGAAGGCAGGUAUUCAAUCAUCAACUUAAAGAUAUGGAACACAGAUACACGUAUUUUGUGCCAAGAGAUCACGCUUGGAUUAAAUUUCAAGCCAGACAUCCGUCCGCAUUUAAGGCUUUAUUUAAAGAAGAUUAUGGUUAUUUCACAAAACAGAUUCUAGAGAGGCACGUGAUCCGGGCCGGACGGGCGUACACAGUAUCUGAUUUGAAACUGCUCGCAAAUGAAACGCAUCCCUUCGUUCUGCCGACGUCACGCGACCCACUCAGGCUACGAGUUAAAGAAUCUGAUAAAAAUUACUACGUGGAGUGGAACGGACGUUGGAUCCAUGUCUUCCGACCCGACGUCGAAUGCACCAAUGGUAUAAUUCACGUCAUUGAUGAACCUUUUGUCUUAGAAAGCGACAUUAGAGCGACCGGCGCUGCUGAAAACACAAGAGUCGUUUCAUCUUUUUUCUUACUUUUUCUCUCUUUUUGUUUCGCUAGAAUGUUAGAGCAUUAAAACUGUCAAUAAGUGAAUUGUUUACUUUGAUUAAUGGACUGUAAUAUUUACAGUUUAAUAAUUUAUGAUUUCAAUCGGUGACUUAAUAAAGUUUGUUUGGAAAUUUCGAUGUUCUUUCUGAAGUUGUAACUUAUUUUGAUAUAUUUUUCUGUAGGAUGUGUGCAGUUACCAUUUGAGAUCAACCAUAAGAUUAUUGUCAGUAAUAUUUGUACUACGUCCAUAAAGAAUAUUAGAUUCGAAAAAUGCGUGAUAGAUUCUCGCUUUUACAAAGUUAUAAUAAGAAAAUAAUGACUUAAAACGAUGUAUGAGUAAUAGCUCACUGCCAAUAGUUAAUAUUUGGAUUAUAGGUAGGUCGACUUUGAUCAUUGCUGAUGUAUUUUAAUUAAAAGACAUUUUGGUGUUUAUUAAUAAUCGUAAACUUAGCCCAUUGAACCUCUUAUUAUAGAACUCGAUAUACCUACUUACCUAUUACAUGCCUAUGUAAAUAAAAUCCAAAAUCCAAAUAAAUCGACGCAUAAUUAUUUGACCAUUUUUUAGUUGUAAUAAAUACGCAUUUAAAAGUUGAAUUGUUGCAAAUUGUAUUUUCAAUUUGGCCUGGUUGUGCCUUGAUUUGAAUACGGUUACAUUAUAUUUAAUCAUUUAUUUUAAAUACUCUAUAUGAUGUAUUACUUAAUCGAGUGAAAAAAAUAUAAAAAAUAUGUCGUAGAAUAUAAUGAUCAUUAUACAUUCCACGUUUAUAUCUUAGAAAAAUAUUUACAUGUGUCUAAAUAUAUUUAUUAAACGUUACUUAUUGCUCUGAGAUAUAAUUUCCAUCUAUGUAAAACAUUGAUUUAUUUAAAAUUCUCUAUCAAAUCUUUGAGCUCGACUGAAUUAUUCACAUUAUCGGUAAAUGUUAAAGAUUAAUAAAUAUCGCGGGAGUUCUAUAUAAUAUUAUCGGGUAAUUGCACCAAUCAAUGGGGUUCAAUAAAAACGAUUAUACCUCUAAGAGGGUUAAUGAUUUUGAUAUUUGGACUGCCACUGCGGUCAAACUAUCAAGAUUGGUUGUUUACUAUAAUAUAAGUAUGCUGUUCUACAAUAAAAUCAACUUUGAAUUCGACGUCGACCGCUGUCUUAGCAUAGAGUUACAACGAUACUUUAUUACCUUUGAAGUAGGUUUUAUUUAAUUCAACCUCUUUUCUGUGACAGCACUCUGGUUGAAGUUUAGUUCAACGCUGAUUUUAUUUUAGAAUAGUACUGCUGGACUUGAACUGAAGAGGUUUCAAUAAAAAAAUCCGGUUCGUUAACGUGUCUCCCACAUUGUUAAUUGCGUAAAUCAAUUCUUCUUCAAAUAAAAAAAAAUAUCUACUAUUCUUUAUAUAAUGUUGUCUUUAAUUUAUUUAAUGAUGAUAGUUUGAUCAUGUAAGUUAUACUGUUUUGGUGCAAUUUACUCUAAAAUGAUAAUUAUAUGUAUUAAGAGUUGAAAUUAAUUGAGAUAACAUUUAUAAAAUUCUUGGAUUGUGGGGUAUAUUGAAUAGUAUCUAAUCGUAUUAAAUGUAUAUAGGUAUGAUUGUGCUUAUUACCCUUGACUGUGCGUUUGUAAUUACUUUUGUUAACAGUUUGUAAAUAUUUAACGGUAAAUUUACAGUUAGUUGAUUAAAAAUUAAUUAUUUAUAAUAAAAUCUAGUACCACAAUGAAAUAAUUAUAAACUAUUGACGCAGUCUACACUACUUAAAUUUCUUUUGAAUGUUUCCCUGCUAAAUGGGAUGCUGCUUGACGGUUACAAUUUAGAAUUUUAUACGAUAUUGUUAAAAUUUUCUACUGAAGUGUUUUUAAAGUUUUUUUAGAUAACAAUUUUUACAGUAAAUCGCAACGUUUGUAAAAAAUGCCAGAGCAGCAUUUCACUUUUGUAAUGACACAUACCUUUAUAUGGUUACUUAGGUAAGGUCGGAUACUCGUGGUUUCGCUUUUUAGGGUGGAACACCUCGGUCUUAUAAAAAUUUGAUUUGUGAAAUGAUAAUAUCUUUUUAAAAUUAAAUGUUGCACUCUAAUUUUAACUUAAUGUUAUUUAUGGAUAUUCGAAUGCCGUAGCAAAUAAAAAAUUAAAAACAUCGGUUAUGUAUUUAAUUAGAUUUAUAAUUUAAUGAUAAAGUCCGUAGUAACAAAAAAAAAGAUAUAAUGAAAACCUUUAAUUUGAUACCCAACAAUUUAUUAAUAAAGUCUUUAUUAAAAAAGAUAAACGACACUAAUAAGGAAGCUUACCCGAGCUUUGCUAGACUCGUAGCUGAUGGGCAACGGACGCUGUUUCAUAUAAAAUGUAUAGAAGACAAUUUAUCCCUAUUCUAUUCGACACGGUUCGGUGAGUUUUGUCACCGCAAAGUUUAUGGUACGGAUUAGAACACCAACAUGAGUACUCGGCUUUACUAAAAAAUCUUUGUCUGUAUAAUCUAUCGCUUAAGUCAAUAUUCAUAGAUUAACAAGUAUAGAUAUGGUUAAUUAUAGAAUAUCUGAGUGUUAAAAAGCCAAAGCUAACUACUAUUAGCUGGUAUCAUAGUUUAAGAUAAUAUUGCUAUCACAAUAAAAGUUUGGGAUUGAGCCGUAGUCAGUUAUAUUAGGUGUUUUCGAAAAAAAAAAGAAUGUAAUUCGAGUAAGAAUGAAAUAUUUAAAGAUUAGUUAUAUAAAAAAAAUUGGGAUGUGAAAAUUCCGAAGACAAUAUAAUAAUUUCGACCAAAUAUCAAACCAAAUAUUUGGUUAAGGAGCAAAGUCGGAAUUCCAUUUUCUAGUGAUACGUAUACAUAUAUCUCAAAUAUGUCAAAUUAGUUAAAAGAUUGUGAAGAGCGAUGUGUUUCAUGAAAAGAAUUUAUGUAUAAAUAUAGACAUUCGAAUUCUAACAUUGUCAGUUAUUUAUAAAUACUCUUAUCCUUUUUACGCCGUACAUUCCGUUUGAUCAUAUUUUUAACAAAGCCGAUUUUCAGAUUGAAAUGCAAACAAAACAAUUUCCAACAUUCAAAGGGAAUAAAGUCUCAUUCAACCGUGAUAAAGCAAAAAAAAAAGUAUUUUUUUUUUUACUUUGUAAAAAUAAAAUAAAGUUUGUCAGCGGCUUCCGAAAUUUCAGAGCAAGGGAACAAAGGUUCAAGUCUGUCUCUUAAUCCCUAAAGGUCGCCGAUGAAAG